AUGGACGCAGAGGAUCUUGUUGAAUCACAACCAUUAACGUUAGUGGAUCUCUUGAGCAAUACUCUCAUCUGGCGGCAGACGGCUCCCUACCUUUCGGCCGGAAGUGUUCUGGCAUUGUCUGCUACAGCACGGACAUUUCGACAUACCAUCUGCGAGUCACCAGAGACGUUCCGCCAUCUAAAUCUCACCUCGGUUAAGUCCGCUACUCUUGACUCCAGCCCCAUCGACAGUGGUGGCAUAUCAUGGCGUGCCGAGCGCAUGGACGAGUCUCUGACAGAGGAUGAUUUCUUCUCCGGCCCGUUGCGAGGUGUCUUCUCGAAGCUCGAACGUCAACACUUGCUUCAGAAUGUCAAAACACUGAUCCUGGACGGCCUCAGCGUACCAGCCGAGCUGGUUCGGGAGAUUAUCCUAGAGGACCGCUUCAAUGUCAAGAUUCUCAGCAUCCGAGAUGUCACUAACAUGAAUCAAAGGGGCCUGCAGUCAGUGCUACGCUACAUUGUAAGGCCCUCUGCUUCAAGGUUGCCCAAGCUGAAGGGACUGUAUCUGUUCGGUCGCAAGGACACCCCAGCAACACUCUCACAAAGAGCCCAAAGCAAAACUUCGGGACGUAUAUCGACUGGCGUCAUGUCGUCGGAGGGUGCUCAGAUUGGUGCCGAGUGGAAUUCGAGAUCUGAGGUAGCCCUAUCCGCGUCGCUCGGGCACGGCCAACCACUAGAUGACUGGUGGAAAACCAAGGGUGACGUCUGGAACACUCCAGGCAGCACCAAACAUACUCCUCCGCCUGACUGGGCCGACAUAUUGCUCGCGUGUCAAGGCAUCAUAGCCUUUGAUGCAGUCCUCUGUCGCGGUCCUCGCCAUGAUCCCAAUAGGACAACACCAGAGCGGCUACUACGGCCUGCCCUUGCGAACAUUGCUCUCGGCGCAAGAGGUUGUGAAUCGUGCGGUUCCUGUCCUGAACAGCCCGCAAUCUUUGGUCGAGAUGCGGACUUCAACUUUCCACUGUUGGCUCCUCCUCCGUUGCAUGCCAGCACGGUGAGAUCCGCACAGAGACCUAUUGUGCAAGGAGACGACGUGCCGCCUCUGAUCCUACGAUGCUUAGAUUGUCUUCGCGAACGGUGGUGCGAGAAAUGUAACAAGUGGUGGUGCGAGGAUUGUUAUCAAGAGCCGAUUCCAAGAGCAAAGCGACAGCAUCCUAACUCACCUGAGGGCGGCUUACAGGACAACAGCGGAUGGGUCUUGGAAGCUCUGAGCGCGACUUCUGCGGUAAAGGUAUAUUCUAAUCUUUGUGCAACUUGCCUUGUUGGUGAGAUGUUGCCCGUGGCCGAUGGCAUGUGGGGAUGA